AGUUACGCGUUAUUUGAACGCCUCACAACGUCGACCAAUCACAAAACAAAAUUCUCAUCCAAUGGCGGUUUUUUUGCAUGGUAACGUCACAUCCGGGUUGUGCUGCAUGCUCGGCAACGUGUUUUCAGCGUGAACUACUGCUUACUGACUUUGGUUGUGUCAUGGCAAAAAAGAAAUCACAAAAUAAUCCCCCAAAGAGGAAGAAUUUGCCUCCAAGUGACGAUGAGGUUCAUCUGGAGAAAAACCCAGAAAGCAAAAAGAAGAGAUUGGAAGUCGAGGAGGCUCCAGUUCAAAUUACAGACACCCUUGCGGAAGAGAAGGACCAAAAUACUCAAGUCAGCGAGCUCGAAAGGAAACAAACAGAAGCUCAAACAGAGACCACAAUGCAAACUGAGGUUUCGGAUCCGGCCGACUCUCCCGAGGGAGAGAAGGACUUGAGCCCGGAGGAGAAGCGAGUCCUGGAGAGAAAGCUGAAGAAGAUCCGCAAAAAAGUGGAGAAGAAGACGCUGAAGGCGGCGGCGGCGGCGGCGAGCUCGGCAAAAGACGAAGGGUCCCGGCCCGCCGUGUCCCAGCAGGCCCUGGAUUACCUCGUCUGCUGGGCCGAGAAUCGCGGCGCGUGGAAGUUCCACAAGAUGCGGCAGACGUGGUUACUGAACAACAUGUUUGAUUCCGAGCAGAUCACAGACGAGAAGUUCACGGUGCUGCUCUGGUACCUGGAGGGCCUCCGCGGGGGGUCGAGAGACAUCACGGUACAGAAGGCCCUCGCCCUGGUCCAAGAAUCGGGUGACGCGCCUGAGGACGAAGACGUCCAGAAGAGGGCGCACAGAGCCAGAGAAGUCAUCCAGAUCCUUUCCUAGACCAGUUCCCAAGUGAGCUCAGGCUCCGACUUAAGCUGACUUGUCGUUAUUUUCAUUCAGACCUUAACGACUCAGAUUUGACGUCGUAUGUGCUGAAUUGCGCAAACCGCAUCGUUCCAUUUCUGUUGUCUUAUUUACCACAUUUUGUAAACUAUUAGCGUACUGGUACUUUAUAAGAAAAUGUUUUCCACUUUUGGGGGGGAAUUAACUGACAGCUUAAAAGUUCUAAUAAUAGUCGUUUGGAAAACGUAAAUGUUUUUGUGGGUUUUUUUUUUUUUUUUUUCAGAAAUUUAUUUUAAAAAAACUAUGCAGCAUUCAUUAAUAAAUAUGAAGAGCAUAUAUGUA